AUGAGUUUAUCAAGCACGGAGUCCCUUGAAGCUGACACCUCAACCUUUUAUGACUUUUAUGAUAAUUAUAAUGAUGCUCCACAACCUUGCAGUAAGGAAACCGUCAAGAGGUUUGCAGCCUCUUUCCUCCCUGUUCUAUAUACCCUGGUGUUCCUGGUUGGGCUAAUAGGAAACACUCUGGUCAUUGUGGUCCUCUUUAAAUACAAGAGACUGAAGAGUAUGACUGAUGUGUACCUGUUAAACCUCGCCAUCUCAGAUUUGCUCUUUGUUUUAUCCCUGCCCUUCUGGUCUUAUUUCAUGAUAGACCAAUGGGUUUUUGGAAGUCCCUCGUGUAAGAUUAUUUCGUGGCUCUAUCUGGUUGGGUUCUACAGUGGGAUAUUUUUUAUUAUGCUUAUGAGCAUAGACAGAUACCUGGCAAUUGUUCGUGCAGUGUUUUCCUUGAAAGCAAGAACUGCCUUCCACGGCCUGAUUGCCAGUCUUAUUGUAUGGCUGGUAGCUCUGUUAGCCUCAGCUCCAGAACUUGUAUUUAGAGAAUCUUUCGUUGAACAAAAUUAUACUACUUGCAAGCUGAGAUAUCCGAGCAACUACAUGACAUGGAAACUCUUCUACACUUUGGAAAUCAAUAUUCUUGGGCUCCUACUCCCUUUUAUAGUUAUGGCAUUUUGUUACUCCAUGAUUAUUAAAACUUUACUACACUGCAGAAAUGAGAAAAAGAAUAAGGCUGUGAGGAUGAUCUUCGCUGUCAUGAUUGUGUUUUUCUUCUUCUGGACCCCCUACAAUAUUGUAAUUUUACUACAACUGCUGGAAGCUACUGGAGUCAUUAGAAACUGUCAAACAAGUAAGAACCUGGACUAUGCAUUUCAAGUAACUGAAACCCUUGGCCUUUUUCACUGUUGCCUCAAUCCAGUCAUCUAUUUCUUCAUGGGGGAAAAAUUUAAGAAGUACCUGAAGAUGCUCUUUAAGAACUGGCAGUUACCUGGAGUUAUUUGUAAGUGGUGUGGACUCCAUAUCACUUACCACACCGAGUCUACAGGAUCGUUCCACACACAGUCAACUGGGGACCAAGAAGCUCUGUAACGUGUUCCACACCGACUGACAAAAAUAAAAUGACAAAAGCAGGAACUUCAAAAAGCUCAGAAAAUGCACAAGCAUUUACGCCAGCUAGUCUUUGAUAAUAACUUCAUCUUUGAUUUCUGCCUCUUAGAUUUUCUGAAUACUAUGACAGAAGCUGUCCUAGAUGUGAGAUCUGGCAGUCAGACCCGUACGCUGUAUCUGCUGCAAUUAGAAAUCACUGCUCAGAUUAACAGCAGCCUUAACUCACAAGUGCUACGCUCGUUGCGUGUUUUUCACCAGCACCAAGAGAUGACUGGACUCAAUGGAGGGCAGAGGAGAAACAACUUGCUUUCUCAAAGUCCAUUUGAGAAAUAUCUUUGUUUAUUCAAGGAGUAGGUGGUUAUUACAGUAUUUUUUACCCUCAGCUGAUCUGUGCAGCUUUUGUUUGCUCAUACAUGUAGCAAUCUAUUAACAACAGCAGCUGCUGUUAGAAGUUUAAUCUCAGGGAAGGCUACACCUUCUGCCAUUAAGAAAAAAAGGACACAGAACACACACUGUGUACAAAGAUGCAAAGCCAGUGCAUUACGCUGUGCUAUAAUCUAGCUUUGUUUUCUUUCAGGUAUCCAAACUGUCUACGCAUACAUAUAUAUAGGCAUUUUUGAAUGAUUUAAUUACCAUAAUUCAG